AAACUGCAGACACAAAAACACAAAAUAGAAGUAACAAUCGUGGUGAUAUCGUAAAAAUUGUUGUUGUUAAUUUUUUUCUUUGAAUUGUGCAGACGAUACGCCACUGAAAUCGGUCCAGGAACGUCUAAACGUACAACACCCUGGUAUAGAUGGCGCCAUAAGCUACAUUUUUUUUUAAAUCAGGGGCGGGGGUGUUUUAUAUUCACGAGGGUGAAGCAGUGAUAACCUCUCUUGUUACAGCUUUGUUUUCCACGAUUUACUACUACAAUAUAAAAAUGUCGGAGAGACUGUCUUCGAAAAAAAUGAAGUCGUCGGCGGAUUUGUCGCUAGGGGCUGAUUUGGCGGAUUCCGAAAAUCACGACUCUGAUAUUGAUUCGGCUAUAUUUCAGUUGGAGAUGGUUCACAUAGAACUGGAUAAAUUAAACGACAAAGAGAACGACGAAAUACUAACUAUAGAACAAAAGUACAAAAAGUUGCGUCAACACUACUACAACAAAAGGGGUGAAAUUAUAGAGACAAUACCCGACUUCUGGUCUACAGUUUUUACUAGUCAUCCAAGUAUUUGCCACAUUUUGUAUGAAGAUGAAGAAGACUGUCUGCGCCACUUGCUAAAACUAGAAGUAGAAUGUGCCGAAAAUAUCAAGUCUGGAUAUAGCAUCAAACUCUUCUUUAACGAAAAUCCAUAUUUUAAAAACGACGUUUUAAUCAAAGAAUUUUUCUAUAAGCAAGGGCACUUAUCAUCAGCCAGUACAAAAAUUGAGUGGAAAAAACCCCAUCCCUUCACAGGAAGUAAAGAAAGUUCUUCGAAAAAUGCCCGCAAGCGCACGCAUUCCACUCAACAAACUUUUUUUGGAUGGUUUGCUAAUAAUGAAGACGCGUCUAGUGAUAUAAUCGCGGAAAUUAUCAAGGACGACAUCUGGGUUAACUCUUUGCAUUAUUAUUUGGUUCCGGAUCCUGAUAUGGAAGGCAACAAUGAUAAAGACGACUCGAGCGACUCCAGCUCUUCUGACUACGAGGAAGAAGAAUUGUUUGAAGUCAGUCAGGCGCAGGAGAAGGCAUCUGGACAACGUUCUGGUGACGCUAGCGCAAAUAACAACAAAAGAAAAAACAAUGAAGAUCACAAACGCAGAGUUUGAAGUGUUUGAAGGUCCGGG